CUCGAGAAGGUAUUGCAAGCGUGCGAGAUCAUUGACGCGUCAGAGCCGUACACAAAUUGCGCAGCUCGCGAUGAAAGAACGCGGGAAAAGUUGGCUGCAGCUGCAGCAGACUUUUGUGAUAGGCUAGGCUCAUUCCGAAUGCCUCUCGGAUUCAUGGUCCUCGAUCUACAGAAGGUGCUAAUGGGUGUGAACACACUGGAACGGUCGGAGAUGUGUAUGUCGACAAUGACUACGGGAUCUGUUGGCACCGCAGCAGGCGAGGCAAUGGCCCCGUUAGCAUGUAUCGCUGCAGAAACUGAUAGCAUAGUCAGUGCUGACCGAAUGUCAAAUACUUCCACAUCGACGUUUCGACGAAUGGGAAGUGGGUCAUCGGCGGCUGCAGUGCUUAGUCGCGUGCGCACUCCACUUCAGCGGCGCAAAUUUUUGGGAGGAGGAGGAGGCAGUGACGAUGCCACCACUCCUGAUGGUUCUUCUGCAGGAAAAUCUAUAGAGUUGAACUUGGCUAAUCUUCAGCCUGUCACUCUUAACCUGAAUUCGUUCUUUCGACAGGAGGCUGAUAGGUUAAGUGACGAGGAUUUGUACAAGUUGUUAGCUGACGCUCGACGUCCCGGCGGAAAGCUGUCGCGUUUGAAAACGUUCGCGGUUGAUAUGGGAUUACAACUGUCUGAGCUCUUGAUGCGGCUCAUCAGUCCGGAAAUGUUGCGUGUUGCCCCCUUCAGUGGAGGACCCGGCACUGAGCUCACUAAAGACAUCCAAGAGUUCCCCGCGAAAGGCUUCUACAUGGCCAAUACAAGUUAUCGGAACUUGAUGUACAUAUACCCUAAAUCGGCUAACCUCACAAAUCGACCUGGUACAGCACGGAAUAUCUCAAUCAAGGUGGAACUGAUGAACGCGCAAGAACAACCUUUACGAGUAUUAUACUCCAGGGGUGCAGGUUCAGAUAUGGUAUCGGUGGCGAGGACUGCUGUUAUUUAUCACAACAAAACGCCUCACAUCACAGAUGAGAUUAAACUUCGAAUACCGGUGGAUUUGGAUGACGGGCAUCAUUUAUUGUUUACUUUCUAUCACAUAUCUUGUAAAUCGAACAACAAGGACGAAGAAACUGAAUAUCCGAUCGGAUACAGUUGGCUGCCCCUUCUAAGAGACAGUCGAUUGUCAACGGGAGACUUCAACCUUCCAAUAUGUCUCGAUCGUCUUCCCUCUAGUUAUGGGUACCUCUCUCCGGAUGUCGCUCUUCCGAAUGUUCGGUGGCUUGACGGCCAUAAGCCUGUCUUCAAUGUAACCAUCAAAGCCAUAAGUACCGUUCACCCUCAGGAUGAACAUUUGGAAAGGUUUCUCGUUGCCGUAAAUUCUCUGUCAUCUACAGAUAGAAGGAAGCCGCCGGCAAGUGAAAUAGCGCUGAUUACUGCUGCACAGAGUGUCAUCAAAGCACGUCCUGAACCAAUGGUUGCUUUUAUGUAUAAUGUGCUGGACAAGUUGAUCGCUCUGAUUGCAAAUAAACCUUUACUCAGCGCAUGUUUUGAGACAUUGGGACAGCUGGUGAAAAUCUGUACCAUGUUGUUAGACUCAUGCUUAGAUAUGCACGGUCGGAGUGCGCUUCUGACAUCUUAUGUGCACUACUACAAAAUAGCCAUGAAAGAGUCGAAAGCGAGAUCGCAGCUGUGUAAGGAUAUGGCCGCCGAGAAGAACAAGCCUGGCUCCCCGGAAACUCAGAAGCUCUACCAUAUCAUUGAAGACGUUGAGAAAUUGAGUGCGCACCACCAGCGCGUCCCAGUUGAUGCGGUGCCCAGCACGUCCAAUAAGGCGGUGCAUGAAGAAUUAGCCGAGCAGUGGGUCCGUAGUGGCGGUUGUGCCAGGGAAAUGGCGUUUCUGAACGCUUGGUUCUUUCUGGAGUUAAUGAUAAAGUCAAUGGCAGAGUACCUUUCGAUGACUGGGAGAUUGUACCUAACACGACGAUCGCGAUUCAGUGAACGUUUUGUGAAAGCGCUCGACUCGUUAUCGUGUGCGACAAUCGCCGAAGUGGUCACCCGUCUUAACAAAGAUCCGCGCCAGGCGGUUGCCAUCGCAAACAGCUGGGCGUUUUUUGUG